GCCAGCCCCGCGGGAGUUGAGGCGAAAAAACGGAUUUCUCCACUGAUUUCUCCACUGAUUUCUCUCACACUUUGCCAGUGGCAAACAACGAGAGAGACAAGCAACAGGAGGAACUUGCGUCAACAAAGGACAAGCAAUACGUAGAGAGAUGAUGGGCCUCUUUUUCGGCGUUUUUGCCAUUGUCGCCAUUGGCGUCCUUUGUUGUCUUCCCUUGGCUAUUUUCAUACUAUGUCUCUCUCUUGGCUAUCUCCGACUUGAGCUACGAAAAUUGACUUCCGAAGAAAUUGCCGAAGGUGGCGCCGUCGUCCUCGACGACAAGUCAGGAGAUCGCUUUGCCGCUGUCGUCGAGGAAGGUGACAAGUCAGGAGAUCGCUACGUAUCUGAAUUCGUCAUCAAAGCAAAACGAGGCACCGUUUUGCACGGUGCCAUCAAAAUAUCCACCGCCAUCCUUAAAUUGCAGCUUAUGCUUUUGUUUGUCACUGGCCUGUAUGGGUCACAAGAAGGGUUCUCGCUCUUGCGCGGAGUUGCGUGCAUCACGCGCUUCUGUGUCGGGGCAACAGUGUUGUUCGGUUUGGCGUUGGUUCCUGCCAUCUUGUUGAACAUUGCAGCCGCCAAACUAACAUACACUAUGCUGGCUCUGCGGGUUCCUGUGCGAAUAGCUUCGUCCUAUUGGCUUCAACUCUCUUCGUCCAUGCUCGGAGGAACCAGCUCCAAGAUUUGCUAGGGAGGAAAAGGAACACAAACGCUCACAUGCCCAGCCUACAUACCGGUAUUGGUACCGGAUUUUGAUAGAUGAUCCAAAGAGCAAACGCAAAAACUCUCUCUAGUAGCCUACUGAAUCGAAGCGAUUCGUUAUUGCCCGAAGAAAUUCACUCUUUACCACAGCCCACAGCCGGCGCCAUUCACCCUUCUGACAAGUCAAAAGCCGCCGUAAACACUUCCAAGCCAAAGUUUCCCGUUUCCUCGUCCUGGCCCUGCACUAGCAAGUAGUAAAAAUCAUUUGGUUGUGAUGGCCAGGUAAUAGACAUUCCAAAAUAUGUGGCACCGUCUUCGUUCACUUCACAGUCACUUGGCUUGACAGCAACA